AGAACAAGACCAUCGUCAUUAACAAUAACAAGAGCAGCACGGCUCUGCGCUUAUCAGGGGUGACGCUAGCCUACUGUCUGAUUUACUAUUUGACUUCCUCUUCCUUCGGACUGUCACCUUAAUCAGCCAGCUGUUAGUCUGACUGCCUCUUUUUGUUGGCCUGUAGGCUUUUUAAAACAUUUUUUGGAACAGUAUUUUAAUGCCCGCCGCUGUGUGUCGACAUUUGAUUGUUUUUUUGUUUUGUUUUUUAGUAUUUUAAGUGCUGUUUGUUGUGACAUUUCGCUGACACAGCAAGCAUGAGAUGAGCUGAAGACACCAGGAAGGACAACUUCACUGCACACUCCGUCAGGUGAUGAGUGUUGGGAGGCUUUAGCUGACAGAAGUAUCAUGGAGGACGACUGCAGGCCUCUGCUGAGCUCAGAGCAGACUGGAGAGAGCUACUCACACCGAGGAUCCACAGACUCACUGGACUUCAAGGCUAAAAGACCUUUCCAUGUAGAGCCCAGGAAUAUUGUAGCUGAUGAGCCACAGGAGAGAGUCUCUGCUGAGGCUGCCAUCCUCAACAGCAGAGUCCAUUACUACGGCAGACUAACAGGCUCCUCUGACAGACUGCUAAGUCCUCCAGACCAUGUGAUCCCCCGACCAGAGGAGAUCUACAUCUACAGUCCACUGGGGACAGCUUUCAAGGUUACAAGCAGUGACCACUCUUCUAAAAACCCAAGUAUCAUCACCAUAUUUGCGAUAUGGAACACAAUGAUGGGUACAUCUAUACUCAGCAUACCCUGGGGUAUAAAGCAGGCUGGUUUCACCCUGGGAAUCUUCAUCCUCAUCUUCACAGGCCUGCUGAUGCUCUACUGUUGUUACAUUGUCCUCAAAUCACCAAAGGCAAUACCCUACAUGGACACAUCCGACUGGGAAUUCCCUGAUGUUUGUAGGUACUACUUUGGCAAGUUUGGCAAGUGGUCCAGCUUGGUCUUCUCCAUGGUGUCACUUAUUGGAGCCAUGGUGGUUUACUGGGUCCUCAUGUCCAAUUUCCUUUACAACACCGGACAGUUUAUCUACAACUAUGCUCACAAUGUCAACAUGUCAGAUUCAGAGUUUGGAACCAACAGCUCAGAUAGAGUCAUCUGUCCAUACCCAAACACUGACCCUCAAGGGAACUACACUGUCUGCAUGCUGUACCUUAGUACCAAUGGAAACGAUACAUCUGAUGUCAGCUCUUUUGAACACUGGUGGAGUAAAACCAACACCAUCCCUCUCUACCUCAUCAUUCUGCUGCUGCCGCUGCUCUGCUUCCGUUCAGCCUCCUUCUUCGCAAGGUUCACCUUCUUGGGCACCAUUUCGGUGGUCUACCUGAUUGUGCUGGUCACUGUUAAAGCUGUCCGCCUCGGCUUCCACCUGGAGUUCCACUGGUUUGACACAAGCCAGUUCUAUGUUCCAGAGUUCAGACUGCUCUUCCCUCAGUUUACUGGUGUCCUCACUCUGGCCUUCUUCAUUCACAACUGCAUCAUCACAUUAAUGAAGAAUAACAGACACCAAGAGAACAAUGUGCGGGACCUGUCUGUGGCUUACCUUCUAGUAGGGCUGACCUACCUGUAUGUGGGAGUGUUGAUCUUUGCUGCCUUUCCCUCACCUCCUCUCUCCAAAGACUGCCUUGAACCAAACUUCUUAGAUAACUUCCCCAGCAGCGAUGUGAUGGUGUUUGUGGCUCGGACUUUCCUCUUAUUCCAGAUGAUCACAGUCUACCCCCUGCUGGGAUACUUGGUGCGGGUCCAGGUGAUGGGCCAGAUCUUUGGCAACCAUUACCCCAGUUUCCUUCACGUUCUGGCACUGAACAUCUUAAUCGUUGGAACUGGUGUCCUGAUGGCCAAGUUUUAUCCCAAUAUUGGAUCCAUCAUAAGGUUUUCUGGGGCAACAUGUGGCCUGGCUUUAGUGUUUGUCUUUCCUGCUUUAGUCCACAUGAUCUCAAUGAAGAGACAGGGGGCGCUCCACUGGCCGUCAGCCCUCUUCCACAGUUUCCUGAUCAUGCUGGGCGGGGCCAACCUGCUGGCUCAGUUCUUCAUGUAGAGAAGCAGUCAGACACAAACACUCUAAGCUGUUCAAUAGCAAGGUGUGAUCAAGAUAUGAUCAUCAAAGUGUGAUGAAGAUUUCAGAUGGGCAUCUCUGAAAUUAGAUUGUCUGUAUGUAACCACACAGUGUGUAUUAUCCCACUUAAUAAUAAUGCCCAGAUAAACCACAAAAGCCCCCAGACAAUCAGAUUGAAUGUCUCUUUCACUGAUAUAAAAUUCAAUAUCUCUCACCUUCUGUAGGAAGAGUUACUGUUGGGAUUGGUAAAGGUUUAUGUUUCAGGGGAAUAACAAGAAUCCAAUGUCUUGGUUUUACAGCAUUGUCUUUCAUUUUCUACAAGCAAUCCAGUCAGUGGUAUUUCUAUGAUAAAAUCUCCGUUACAACUUUCUACAUAAUACUGUUCAUUAUUUCUGCCUAGACUGAUCCCAGACCUGUCGAGCCAAGUCAUACAGACACAUUAUGAGCAGUGUUCAGGCUCUUGAUAACUUCAGCAGCAAGCUGGCCAGAAUAUUUAGAGUAUGAGCUAUUUACCAACUUGCUAUUGCAGGUUUAAAUUUGUUACAUGAGAAGCUUUACAGCUGGAUUUUAUGAUCAUAUAUUGUCGUGCUGACACUAUGGAAUCAUUUUACUAACUCUGUGAUUAUGUAAACUGUUGUAUCUGUUUUGAGGAGAGCCAUUUUAUAUACUUUUUUUUUUGUUAAGAAACCUUUGGCACAAUCUUUUGAUUUUUAUGAGCAGUGUUGAUUUACAUAUUUGACAUGUUUACAUGAUAUGCUAUUUUUGAGAUACUGCGCCCCUGUCUUUUACUAAUGAUAAGAUAGACAAAGGGAAAAUGUGUGUGAAAAUAAACCAUAUCAGCCUACAA